UGAUUCCUGAUCCCCGAUUGCUUGGUCCUCCUCGGUCCCGCCAUGGGAGCCUGAGCGCCCUGCAGUUCCCCCGGCCCCCUGUCCCCGGGGCCUCGAGGGGGAAAGAGGCGAGUGGUCUGGGACGGAGCCGGGGUGAACGACCUCAGGAGCCCCCCUCAACAACCCCCAUCGGCCGCGCUGCCGGUCCUGGAGCGCGGAGUUCGGAGCGACCCGGUGCGCUGCGGAUACAAAGGCGCGGAGCGGAGCGGGGCGUGCGCCCAGUCCAGCCGACUGUUCGCAGCGGCGGCUCCCACCUGUGCCUUGUGCGCUUCUACUCUCAUCCCUGUGCGAAUUCGUCUUCCUGCUUUGCCUCCAAUCAAUUUCCUCUCUCUCUGAGUUGACCUGAAGCCUCUCGCCCUCUACAGUUGUCGCCGCUUGAAUUUCUCUGAGAUAAGCCCACUCGUCCAGCAAAAUAGAGUCCCUCAGGGUGACAGUUGACUUCCUAAAGGUGCCUCUUGGCCUGAAGAAGCCUGUGCUAAAGGAGGUGGCUGUGGGGCCCCCCAAGAGGCCCCAGCCCGCGACCCUGGAGCGCUACAAGGCACGGCGUUCAGACGCCAUGGACACCGAGUCCCAGUACUCGGGCUACUCUUACAAGUCGGGCCAUUCCCGCAGCUCCAGAAAGCACAGGGACCGCCGGGACCGCCACCGCUCUAAGAGCCGGGAUGGGAGCCGUGGAGAUAAAUCAGUGACGAUCCAGGCUCCAGGAGAGCCCCUGCUGGACAAUGAGUCCACGAGGGGAGAUGAGCGGGAUGACAACUGGGGAGAGACAACAACGGUGGUCACAGGCACCUCCGAGCACAGUAUCUCCCACGAUGACCUCACGCGCAUCGCCAAGGACAUGGAGGACAGUGUGCCGCUGGACUGUUCACGCCACUUGGGCGUGGCAGCAGGGGCCACUCUGGCGCUCCUCUCUUUCCUCACCCCGCUGGCUUUCCUGCUUCUGCCUCCACUACUGUGGCGGGACGAGCUGGAGCCGUGUGGGACAGCGUGUGAGGGCCUCUUCAUCUCCGUGGCCUUCAAGCUGCUCAUCUUGCUCUUGGGCAGCUGGGCUCUGUUCUUCCGCCGGCCCAAGGCCUCGUUGCCCCGAGUCUUCGUGUUACGCGCCCUGCUCAUGGUGCUCGUCUUCCUGCUUGUUAUCUCCUACUGGCUCUUCUACGGCGUGCGCAUCUUGGAUGCGCGGGAGCGCAGCUACCAGGGCGUGGUUCAGUUUGCUGUUUCGCUAGUGGACGCCCUACUCUUCGUGCACUACCUGGCUGUAGUUCUGCUGGAGUUGCGCCAACUCCAGCCCCAGUUCACGCUUAAGGUCGUGCGGUCGACGGACGGGGCCAGCCGCUUCUACAAUGUCGGCCAUCUCAGCAUCCAGCGAGUAGCAGUAUGGAUCCUGGAGAAGUAUUACCAUGACUUCCCUGUCUACAACCCUGCCCUCCUCAACCUGCCCAAGUCCGUCCUGGCCAAGAAAGUGUCUGGCUUCAAGGUGUAUUCUCUCGGAGAGGAAAACAGCACCAAUAACUCCACUGGCCAGUCAAGGGCUGUGAUUGCGGCAGCGGCGCGGAGACGGGACAACAGCCACAAUGAGUACUACUACGAGGAAGCCGAGCACGAGCGCAGAGUGCGGAAGCGCAGGGCCAGGCUUGUGGUGGCUGUGGAGGAGGCCUUCACUCAUAUUAAGCGGCUGCAGGAAGAGGAGCAGAAGAACCCCAGGGAGGUGAUGGAUCCCCGGGAAGCAGCCCAAGCCAUCUUUGCGUCCAUGGCCCGUGCUAUGCAGAAGUACCUCCGGACCACCAAGCAGCAGCCUUACCAUACCAUGGAGAGCAUCCUACAGCACUUGGAGUUCUGCAUCACUCACGACAUGACACCCAAGGCCUUCCUGGAGAGAUAUCUGGCAGCUGGACCCACCAUCCAGUACCACAAGGAACGGUGGCUGGCUAAACAGUGGACAUUGGUGAGCGAGGAGCCGGUGACCAAUGGGCUUAAGGACGGCAUCGUUUUCCUCUUGAAACGCCAGGACUUCAGCCUGGUGGUGAGCACCAAGAAGGUGCCAUUCUUCAAACUCUCUGAGGAAUUUGUGGAUCCCAAGUCCCACAAGUUUGUCAUGCGGCUGCAGUCGGAGACCUCUGUGUGACUCUACAGCAGUAGCAGGGCAGGGGGUAUGUGGGGGGGCUCCUGCAGAGUGGGCAUGGCUUGGGGCUUCGGCCCUGCCACAUUUCUGCUGCCCUACUUCCUCUUGCUCUUGUUUUUGUUUUGUUUUGUUUUUUUUACUUGAAUUAACUUAUCCUGUAUCUGGUCUCCACCCCUCUUCCUCAGUUUUCCCAUGUAAAUCUGGAGAGACCACCUUGCUUUAACAAUAUUUGGGAACCACCCUGCCUCCCCCACAAGUUUGUAUCACUCCAGGCUCUGCAGGAAACAGUGCCUCUUACCCUGUUCUUUCCCAAAGUGUCCCCCCUGGAUGGAAGUCCCUUCUCAAAGGGCGCAGGACCUUCUUGAUCUUGAUUGUACCUUAACCCUGAGCUUCCAUUUAACAAACCUAAGUUCUUAGAGCCCUGCUCUCCAGUGGUCCCUUAUAGGAUUUCUCUGGGGUAGGGGUGGUGGUGGGGGACAGAGCUUUGACCCCAGAGAGCCAUGGUGCCAAACUCUUGCGGGAAGGCAGCUAACCCUAUUCCCUGUGCCCACUCAUAGCCCCGAGUCCCUGGGCAGGGAUGGACCUGUGACAAGUCCCAGAGUUAGGAUUCUCCCUGCGUGUUAACUUGCUUCCCGCUGUUACAGCUGUACUUUCCUGGUCCACACACAGACAGAACAAGUGGGAAGUCCCACUCAGGAGUCUUCUAUGCUAUUUCUGACUUGUGGGAUCACAUGAUCAUAGGCAAAUUGAGGUGAAAACCUCUUUGACCACUUUACUGGGGCUGUGGGGGAGGUUCGGUAUUUCUUUUUUGGGCAACUUCUAAGGGGAAGGACGGGACAACCCCCUCAAGUUGGAGAGACGCUUGUCACUGGCCCCUAUCCCUCUGACCCACUGACCCUUAUCCCUCUGAGCAGUUCGUUUCCACCCUUACCCGUGAAGGAUGCGUGUUGACUUCCGUAGGGACUUUAUGAUGUGCAGACCCUGACCAACCCUAAGAUGUGGUCUAAGACCAUGGCCUAAGACAUUUUUCUUUUCUGCACCAGCUACCCCAGUCCUGCUGACUUCCAACUCUAGAGACCUGUGGCCUCAUCUCUUCUUAGGGGAGGGCCCAGCAGCUCCUUCUCAUCCCCUGCCUUAAGUCCGGUUCUUUGCCUCAGGGGUCUCUUUUCCAUGGCCUUCCAGGGUCCCAUCCUCUUCUCUCCCUGGCUCGCUUUCUAGGCUCUAUAUUGGGGUGAGGGACCAGGAUUCCUGCCUUUUGUAGGUCUUAGCUCUUCACCCCAUUUUAACUAACACAGCCUUUGUACCACAUCUGAAUCUCAGUAAUUGAAAGCUCCUUUUGAGCAGGAUUCAUUAACCCUCUAGUGGAUGGAUAUUUUCAGAGCAAAUUUAAGCCCUUUAAUCAGACACCUUUAAAUUAUCUUUUAUCACAAGAAAGUAGAAACAGGAAAUGUCCACAUCCAUCCUUCCAGGAGUCUGUGAUGGCUGGGACGGAGCAGUGCCCCUGGGUCAUGUCUCUUAAACAACUCCCAAAGCCCCUGCAUAGGCCUUUCACUUCCCUGGAAAUUUUGCUGGUGUUUGCUGUCCACUGAGAUGAGGUUCCCAUUGAUCUCUAUGUGAGGCUGUGGGAUCCAUAGCCAACCACCCCUUACUGUUCCCACAGGAAUGGGCUUUUGGAGCUGACUUAGGCAGGGCCUCAAGGUUCGUCUAGGGCUCUGGUAGAGGUUCCUGGAUAGACUCCAGGGAAAUAAAUCUGUACUUGAGUCAUGGGAAGGUAUCUUUUCUUCCUUUUCUUUCUUUUCUUUCUUUCCUUCUUUCUUUCUUUCUUUCUUUCUUUCUUUCUUUCUUUCUUUCUUUCUUUCUUUUUCCUUCUUUUAAAGCAGGUUUCAGAGGAGUCCUUUUGGGUCACAUAAAUACCUCACUAUCCUGGAAAGCAGGGCCUGGAUGGUGAUUGGGGAUCACUGCCUUUUUGGGCAAGAAUGGGGUGUGGUGUUGGUUUAAGCAGUGGGUGGGGGUGGGCAGAAGGAAAAUAUUUGGGAUCUUAGUUGAUGCCCUAGGUUAAGGGCGCAGGGGCAUUUAUUUUAAGAACCUGCCAUGUUUUUUAAUCACUGUGAUAUUUUCAUUCCUUUCCCCUAAAAUGAAAAAGAAAAAAGUCUCUCCGACUCUCUGUCAAAGCACUAAGGGCUGUGACUAAGAAUGGUAUAGCGUUUUGGUCCUUUGUGUCAGAACUGUGGUAUCUUUGUCUACUUUGGUUAUUAUGUUUUUUAAAAUGUCAGGAUGAAUUGUCAAGAGUAUAGCUCUGUGUGUGUGUGUGUGUG